AACUGUAUAUGUUAUUUAAAUGGCACAUGCGCCAAGUGUAAGACUGGUUUUGGAAAUUUGGCUAAAAAUGUGGUUGGAUUCUACGGAGAUGAUUGCCGUUAUUCAUGCAGUGAUAAUUGUUGCAACAUAACAUGCGAUAGAGAGACAGGGUCCUGUGACCAUGGAUGUCUAGAAGGUUUUGAAGGAGCUUUGUGUUUACAGGGUGAGAACCAUUGAUAUCUAGUUAGUUCAGUUCAAGUUUAUACUAUUUUGAAAUAAAGUCCUACUAAGAAAAAACAUAUUUGUGGAUGCAUAGAGAAAUGGGCCGACAGAAAGACAAUGAAAAGAAUGUUUUGGUUUUGUAAAUUAGUACUAAUUAUCAAAUACAUGUCAUUCCAUUUCCCGCAUAUUGUGAAUGCAUAAAUUAGCAACAAAAAAGUAUAUUAAAAUAUAUUUCCGACAUGGUAAAGAUAUUACUGCCUGGUUCAUCAUCUCUGACUACUAUGCAUUUUUCAAAUAUUAAUUGUUGCAAGUUCGAUUUAAAUUAAUAUUCAUUUUGAUUUCAGUCGAUAAGGUAAUUUUUUCUAGAAUAACAUGUUUGCUUCUUACAACAAAAAAGUGAAGGUUGACAAGGAAUGAAAGAAAUUAAAUUAUAUUAAGAAGUUUGAUGCAAUUUAUAUCGUAGUUUAUAUUCACAACUUAUAUUCAUUAUAAUUUCAAUCGAUAAUGUAAAUUUUCACGGAAUAAUAUGCUUGCAUCUUACAACUCAAAAAGUGAAAUUUGACAAGGAAUUUAUAAAGGAAAUUAGAUUAAGUUUAGAAUGUGGACUAGUCAGUUUUCCCGUCUUCGAAAUAUAAAGCUUACAUAGACAUACUGUUUGAGGAUGAGAAUAAAACCGUCCAGUUUUUCUUAGAAGAAAAAUGAUUACGGAAAUCUAGAUUGUUAAUAUUCUAUUUAAAGGCUGGAAUGAUUUCUCUUUAUGUUUUACACAGAGAGAAAAAAUGGACAAAAUUCUUGCUCCACCAGACAUGUGGAUACCUUGAUUAUGUCGCUUUUCAUAGCUCUUCUGGUCAUCUAUGCAGUUGUUACAACUAUUUUUCUUGUCAGGAAACGACAAAAUGGAAAACAGCGACAGGAUGUUACUUUGCGUUUACGGGAUGCAGUUGAAUAUAACCAUGAAACAGCAGCUUAUAGAAUUAUGGAAGACUCAGGUCAUGUGUAUGCAGAGCCAACGGAAGACCAUACUGAAGAAGGACCAUCAGGGAAUACAAAACACGAUGCAGUCCGACGAGAAGGCAUCAGAACAAACAGUUACAUGUAUUUUCAUCCGAUAUACUCUGUUUCACAAAUCCAAAAUGAAUAUGAAGAGAUUAAUAAUAGAACGUUGCCGUCCGGAUCACGUUUCCGAGAAUGAAGGAUAUAAAAACUACUACAUUUGUAUACUUUACAGACAACAUACCUUUUUACAUCAGACGGCAUUUAGAUCAUUACAUCAGUUCAUGAUAAUAUUUUGUCAAAUUUUGUAUAGGUCCCUAGGGCAGUAUACAGUAAAUACGGUAUUGGUAUGGGAGAAAAGCUACUUUCCGUCCCUUCUGAUUUAUGAAGCAGACGUGAAAAAUGUUCAAGUUUAAUUAUUAAGUCUUAUGAAUUGCAUGGUAUUAUUAUGAUUUCGUGGCUAUUUUCUGUAAUAAUUAUUGUCAAAUAUAUUGAUUUAGACUGUGAUAUGUGCAUGCUAUUUUUUUCGAACCUUGUGCCAUAGUGUAGUCAUGUUCGGAUAUAAACCGUAAUGAAAGGAUAAAAAAUGGACUGUGAGUCAUGAUAUAGAAAAUUGGAAGUAAAAGUAUCAUAUGAAACUGUUCAGAGGUAUGUGCCAUUUCAUUUAUAAGCUAUUUAAUCAAGACUUGGAUAUGUUGUUGAUGUAAAUAUUGUGAAAUUCAAGAAUAAUUAACAAACAACAUGUUUCCAUUAGAUUCUUAGAUAUAUAAUGUUACAAAACAGUCUGAUAUUUCAAAUUAUUUAUGGUAAGAAAAAAUAUUUGAACAGAUUUAGAACUUGCAUCAUUAAGAAAGAUCAUUGUCUGUUUUCAAAUGAUCUGAAGUCAUUCUCUUCAACAUCUUACAGAGGAAGUAACUGUAUAAUAUGGAUACAAUUUUCAAACACUUUGCACAGUUACAAUGAGAAAUUAAAUAUUAAAGGACAAUAUCUGUAUUGACAACAGCUGAAAUCAGUAGUGCUUGCACUUUCUACAAACGGAGACACUAAAAGAUAUAGAUUUCGACUGUUAAUAUUCAUACACAUGGAAACUAAAAUUAAAGAAAAAUCAAUAUCUACACAUGGAGAAACUAAACGAUAUAGACAGAAUGUUUUACUGUAAACAUGGAAACUAAAAUUAAAGAAAUGUCCUUGAUAUA